ACAUGACAAAUUGUGUAUGAUUUACUCUUAAAUCCUCGCGGCAAAUCGAAUCAAAGGUACAAACUACAAAGCGUUACUGUGUGCUACAGAAAUCCAACAACUGAAGAUGCCGAGCCAGACCUUCGCGGGUUCAUUAUCUUCUCCCAAGGUCGACGUCGUUGUCGACACGGGAAAUCCCCUCCUCAAUCACACCGUCGAUGGCUUCUUGAAGAUCGGAACUGUUGCUGUUGCAAAAACACUUGUGGAGGAGACUUAUCAUGUGGUUCAACGAGGGAGUCUUUCAAAACAUAACCUUGAGGACGCGUUGAAGAAGAUGUGUAAAGAAGGCGCAUACUGGGGAGCUGUUGCUGGACUUUACGUGGGAAUGGAGUAUGGUGUUGAAAGAGUCCGUGGCACUAGAGACUGGAAAAAUGCAAUGGUUGCUGGAGCGGUGACUGGAGCAAUUGUGUCGGCAGUGACCAACAGCAAAGGUGACAAAGUUGUGAUGGAUGCCAUCACAGGAGGUGCAGUUGCAACUGGUGUAGAGAUCAUCAAAUAUCUUACAUAGUUUGUGUUUUAAUUGCAAGUGUUUGUUGAUAACACAAUUUCAGAUACCUUCUUCUAAUCUUUUGGUAUAAAAUGUAUCUCAUGCUACAUUAUUUAUGAUGAUACAUGCCUUCUAAUAAAUGAGGAAGGAUCAUGUUUUUAUGUUGUUAA